GAAAAACACGAUGUUUUGGAAACUGGAUCUUUUUCUGUCCUCAGGCGAGGGAAAACACCUAUUCUGUCAAUCACUCGAUCCAGUUUCUUAAACGUUGCAUUUUUCUUAGUUAUCUUAAAACCAGGACGAUGGAUAAAGUCCGAAAACCCAAUAUCUCUAAACAUAAGUUCUGUUCAUAAAUACAUCAUGCUCGCAUCUGCAGAGCUUCUGAGUAACUGACAAUAGCAAGAGCCUAGCAAACAGGGUGACACUGACUUCAGUGUCAUGAUCAAAGUUGGGAGUCCACUUCAUGGGGGGAACACCUUAAAAUUUAAUUUCUCUAGCACAGUACAUGAUUGUUCUUUGGGCUGCAUUUUAAACAGUACACUAUGUCCUUAUAAUAAUUAAAGAAUGACAUGGGAAAGGUAUGAAACAGGGUCAUGACUCCUUUCUUAUAUUGUACUGUCUUGGUUUCUGCAUUCAAAAUCCAAAGGAGUCAAACGAAUUUUACCAUAAGCCACCCUACUCAGUAUAAAUAUGUAGUAAUGAAGGGAUACUCAGUGCAAUACUUAGUUUAAAAUUAUCUGGCCACAUCAUAAGAAAACACAAUGUUACCCUGGAAAGAUGCUGUAUGCAUAAGCAACUGAAAAUCUGAUAUCAAUGAAUAAAUAUCCUCUAAAUACAAUACAUUUCAUAAAGUCUACCAGUAUUUAUUCAUACCUGGAUUUCAUAAACUGACAUCUUCCCACCGCUGUUUAUGUUCAACCUUUGAAGAUUUGGUGAUUUCUGUAAACUACAGGUGAUGAUCUCACUUCCCAUUCAAUACUGAAUCACAGUGGCUCAACUAAAUGUAUACAUACAUACUAAAGAUUUUCACAAUAUUAAACACCUAAAAUAUUUAUGCAACUGAAGACAGUAUAAUGACUAGGUUACAGGCUGCAUGACAGGAACUGGGGUUCAAUUCCAAGCAGGGACAAGAGAAUUUUUUUCUUCUCUACAGCAUCCAGACUGCCUCUGAAGCCCUCCCAGCCUUCUGUCCAAAUGAUACCAAGGGCUCUUUCCCCAGGGGUAAAGCAGCUCUCCAUUUAGAGCUGCGGUUAAGACUGCAUGGAGUUCUCUUUCCAUUCUCCAAUAUAUCUUUGUGGAGUGAUGCUUAUUCAAGCACAAAAAAGAACAUUACCCUUCCUUUCUUUCUAUCUUUAUACUGUGACUUAUUUAACCACAUUACCAAUCUGCGUAACUCAGCAUGUUGCAAGUGAGUUCUGAAAUUUUAGAAGCAUGCUAUUUUGUUACACAAUAAUCUAAUUAAUUAAAACACACGAGGAUGCUGGGUCAAAUGCAAUAUCCUUCUAAAAUAAAUUACUUUCUCUUCCUUCCCGGUCUUCUCACAUGUUGGAACUCACAUUUAGGGCAGCAGGUAGCCUUGAGCAGCAUAUGUCAUAUUAUGGACCUUACAUUCAGACAAAUGUUAUUCCACGCUUGAUGACUUCAAAUCAUAAGAUUAUCUUACUAAAGACAGACAAACCCACACCUGCAGAACUGACACAAUAAUAAAACACCGUUUCUCUCUAAAGCAUUUCACAACAGAAUGACCCUGAUUUGUUACGCUGAAGCAGACAGUUUAGAAAAGGACAUGAACAAGCUUCCUCUCCAAACAUAACUGUUUCAAGGAAGGCAAGAGUCGGCAACAGAGAUUUCUGGAUAACCACCUACUGUUAAACAGCAUCACAGUCUACGAAGCAUGACAAAUAAUACAAGUCACUGCCUAUCCAGAUAUCACGAUGUGGAGAGCGAAAGUGAUUCAGUAUUCAUGAGACUGUGCAUACGUUCAGUGUGAUGCUCAUUCUGCGACUCAAAAGCAACAUUCAGAUUACUUGAAUAAGUAAUUUGAUACUGGUGUUGAGACUUUAGGAGGGAGAAAGUUUGAAAUGAACCCAAGAAUAGAGUGGUACUUCAUUUUUAUGGUUGUUGCUCAAUGGCAUGGUGCAACAACAUACAGGCCAUUGCUUCUGAGAGAUUCCAAUUCCCAACAUAAAUGCUGUGGAGGGGAUCACUAUGCAGGACCCAAGAAGUUUCAUCAACAAAAUGACAGCCAUCGACGACUUGGCCAUGAUCCCCUCUUUACCAAACACAGGCAUGAAUAUAACAUUCCUUCUAGAAACAGUUAUCAGCAUCAUGAUUACGAUUAUUACAGGCCCUACAGACUGAAGUAUUCUGAUUACAAAUCUCCACCAUCUAAGUACUCUUAUCAUAAAGAAUAUUAUAGAAGGCAAUACAGUAACACCCCUUUGACAGAAACAAAAUAUAUGCAGAGAAGAACAGGGGUUGUUUUCCCAGAUACACACAACAAUCUUAAUAAUGGAAGAGGGCACAAACCAUAUGUUCCUGAUCCAUAUUUCCGAGAUCACAGAUAUAAUGAAAAUAACGACUUCAGUGACUUCAGAAACAAAAAUGGUCAUCAAGGGUACCAUGAACUAUCAGAUGACAAAUACAGAAAGAAAUACAGGCCUGGACUACUGGGUGUAUCAGUGGGUAGAUUAGGAGCAGUGGUUGUUACAGGUCCUGAUGGAUAUAAACAUGUUAUUCAUAAUCUUCCACCAUGGACAGACUUAAAAACUGAGAGAGAACAUUACAGAGUUUCUUUUCCAGGAAAUGUAGAUUCCCGAGGUGGCUUAGAAUACCCUGGAAGCCACAGGUUUUCAACAGGAAUUCAUGGGAAUGUAGGAGGGCAUGAUUAUCAGAAUCAUCACCAUCAAACAUACAAAGAAAUGCCAACAUAUUCUGGGAGUAGCAAAAGUGCACAUGGCAACAAAAAUGAUUCACAUUUUGUGGAUGUGUACAAGUACUCCCUGAAGUCUCACAAUGAAAACAGGAAUCAAGAACAAGGGCCUCCCAGGGAUACUUCUGGCACUGUACAUCAAACAGAUGACAGAGAGGAACAAGAUUACACAGUGCCUCUAAAACCCGACAAAUUCCAUCCAUCACCACCAUUUCACAGAUAUUCUGAGCCUGAUCCUUUGUAUCAUCCUAACAGAUCAUCUCUGGAGACAUAUUUGCUUAAUGAACGAACUCAAUUCCCUACCACAACACCAACAACUACUCCUAAACCACACAAACCCAUACAAGUUCCUGCAUCCAAAAAACCUAUAGAAUACCCAGAUUCAAUCAAUGCACAGUUACCACCACCUGAUAAUUAUACCGAAACAAAUGUACCUUAUGUGGCUGUCACAGCAGUGACAGAAGAAACACUGGGCCAGCAUGAAACUGCCACAACUCAGGCAUCAGACGCAACUCAUAUGAAACCUUUGAUACACACAUUACCAACAAACCCAACCAUCCACAGGCUCACAGAAAGCGAGGCCCCAUUAUCUACAGUAAGGGAAAACAACGCUUCCUCACCAACUUCAUCAGUUCCAGAGAUAUCAACACACCUAUCACCCGUUAAAGUUUCUGGACUUCUGACACAAAUAGCAAGGAUGGAAAACGGCAUGAAAACUGAGUAUUUAUUACCAACAAUAAUUACAGAAAAAUCUGACAUUCAUCCACACCAAACUACAGAGCCGCAGAUUUAUUACACGACGGAGCCAAGUCACAAUACAAUCAAUCAUAACACUGCAACAUACCCUUCACCCCAGGAAUUAAAUAACUCAUAUAUUAAGGAAACAACAGGUACUGAAAAUAAAAAUUACACUGUUUAUAGAUCUGUUAUGGCUCCUUUACAAAGUUCAAGUAACCCAAACAUGUCAACACUAGUGUCUAACAUAGACAAAGUAACUGAAACAAACACAAUGAAAUCUCAAGCAGCAUCUGCUGCUAUAGAAGAUGCAUAUAAUUUAACAAAAACAGAAGGAAGCUCAGACCCGACUCAAGCUCUGAUAUCUGAGAGUGAAGAUAUACAUCCUACGGUUGAAAUAUAUGAAACAGAACGAGUCACAGAAAAGGAUAUGACAGAUGUAAUACCAACAGUAGAAAGUACUGUAACAAAACCUGCGCUAUCGAUGUCAAUUCAACUCCAGACUCUGGUAAAUCAUGUUCACUCUCUUAAUUAUUUACACAAUGAUUCUAGUACAACCUUUAUCCCUACUGAACAAGCAGACUGGUAAAGACUCAAAAUUCUCGUCAAAUAUCUUAAAUAUGUAGAAAUUAGGAAACAAUGUAACAAAACCUGUACUGUCUUUGUUGAACCAUCUCCACAUUCACGUAAAUUAUGCUUACUCCCUUAAUUAAUGUAUCAUAAUUCUAGCAAGAUGAAACUGACUGCUAAAGAUUAAAAACUUCUGUAUGUAAAAUAUCUUAAACAUGAAACAACCUCAGCAAAAAUAUAUCUCAACUCAAAGACCAGAAAUGGGCAACUGUUUGACAAAGAAACAUGAAGUUUCUUUCUUCUACUACUUCAUUUUUGGGCUCAUUCCUUUGGUGUCCACCAAUUCCAUCUUUGUUUUAAGAAAAUGAGUCUCUUUGAUGAGGAAUCUGCCAACUAUGCAUCCUCAAAGACACACACAGAAACCCAAAUAUCUGUACUCUGGACAGGAUUUAAACUCACAGUGACAUUAUACCUUAACCUUUAUUUUAUGGGAGUAGUGGAUUUAAAUCCCCUGUAAUAUGGUGAUGGUGGUCAUAUUUUAAGUAGGAAUGGUAUUACUAUUGAAAAUAUGAUUAUAUCUUUUGAAUGAUGCCUCAUAAAACAUUUUAACAAGAGUAUCUGAAGGAAGUGUUAUUUACUACCAUAAAAAUCUUGUUUCCUGACAGAACAAAAUAUUCUAAUAUUCUGUAUAUUCUGUGUAUUCUGUAUAUCAAAAUGUACAGCAUUUCCAUUCCUGGAAACACUUCCUUUUCAAUUUUGUGAUGAAAAUCCUGUUUAGAAGCUUACCUAUGUAUGGAAAAUAAAAAAAAACACAGCUUCAUGUUUUGCAUCCUGCUGUGUACAAUGGGACUGCGGUAUUGUGGUAACUGUAAACAAUGAUCUGUGACCUCUCCAUUUCUCAGACUUAACCCCAUGUAAUUUUUUCCUGUGGGGGCAUGCAGAAAGACAAGAAGUAUCUCAACAAUCCACACACAGCAGAAGAAAUGAAGAAAAAUAUUAAAUGAGUGGUUAUGAACAUUUCCCAACACCAACUU